AUGAAGGCGAGUGUGCCCCGCACGGCGGCCUUUUCAUGGUCGCCGCAAAACUACAAUGCCAGUCCGAUGAUUGCGUCGGGCACGGUCGCCGGUGCGCUCGACGAGAGCUUUAGCAGCGACAGUGUCCUGGAGCUCUGGAAGCUCCCCAUGGACGGCGCGGACUCUGCGCCGUCCGUGCAGGCGUCGACGACCGCGAGCGCGCGCUUCAACCGUGUCGCGUGGGGCUGCGUGAAUGCUGCCAAGCCCCAGGGUCUCGUCGCCGCCGGUCUCGAGAACGGCGAGCUGGCCGUGUGGGACGUGCAGCGCCUGCUCGAAAAGACCGACGACCCGCUUGUGACACAGAACGCGAUCCACAAGGGGCCGGUGCGUGGCCUGGCAUUUAACCGCCUGCACGACAAGCUGCUUGCGAGCGGCGCGGUAAACGGCGAGAUCUACGUGUGGGACAUGGACCGCCCUACGAAACCUUUUACGCCCGGCGCGCGCUCGCAGCGCAUUGACGAGAUCACGAGCCUCGGGUGGAACUCGCAGGUGUCACAUGUGCUCGCGACCGCCUCGUCGAACGGCUACACGUCCGUGUGGGACCUGCGCCAUAAGCGCGAGGUCGUCGCGCUCGCCUACGGCGGCGGCGCAGGCACCGCCGGCACGGGAUUUGGCCCGGGCGGCGUCGGCAAUGCGCUCGCGGCCGGUGCGCGCCGCGGCGUGAGUGCCGUCGCGUGGCACCCGCUCACCGCGACGCGCCUCGCGACCGCGAGCGAGGACGACUCGAGCCCGGUGAUUAUGCUCUGGGACCUGCGCAACUCGCGUGCGCCUGAAAAGGUCCUGACCGGCCACGAGAAGGGCGUGCUGGGCCUGUCGUGGUGCCAGCAGGACGAGGACCUGCUCCUCGCGUGCGGCAAGGACAACCGCACGACGUGCUGGAACCCGCAGACGUGCGAGAUGGUGGCCGAGAUGCCCCCGAGCGCAAACUGGGCGUUUGACGUGCAGUGGUGCCCGUCGAACCCCAACCUGCUGGCGACCGCGAGCUUUGACGGGCACAUCCGCGUGCAGUCGCUCCAGUCGACCAACACCGAGAACGAGGUGCCAGAAGUGCCGCAGACCUCGAACCCGGACGACCUCUUUAGCACGCUCGGUGAGCAGAAUCUCGUGCCGACCGGCGGCAUGUCGCUCACGCACCCGCCCAAGUGGCUGCGCCGCCCGACGUCGGUCGCGUUCGGGUUCGGUGGCCAGCUCGUGAGUGUCGGUGCGCCGAGCGUGCAGAACGGCGCGCGCCAGUUUAACGUGCACAUCCACGAUAUUCAGACCGAGCCGCACAUUGCCGAGCGUGCGCGCCGCCUGAACGACGCGCUGGACAACAACACGCUCCCCGAGUUCUGCGCGGAGCAGAGCCAGGACCCGAGCACGCGCGCGGCCGACGUGCCGAACUGGAAGGCGCUCCAGACGCUCUUUCACGCGGGCUCGCGCGAGGAGCUGGUCGAGCUGCUCGGCUUCUCCAAGGCGGACAUUUCCGACAAGGUCACGUCGGCCGUCGGCGCGCUUGGCCUGUCCGACCUGGACGAGGGCGAAGAGGCUCGCGAGGCGCCGCAGGCUGAUCCGUUUGGCGGCGAGCCGUCCGAUCCUUUUGCGCCGGAUGCGCUUGCGGAGCUUGCGCCGCCCAAGCCGCCGGUGCGCGACGCUCCUUUCCGCAUCCACCCCUCGGAAGAGGAGGAGUGCGACCGCCUAGUGACCAAGGCGCUGGUCCUCGGCGACUUUGAGCACGCCGUGUCGCUGCUCGUGUCCAAGGACCGCUUUGCCGACGCGCUCGUGCUCGCGACGCGCGCGGGCGACGAGCUGCUGGUCAAGACGCAGCGUGCCUUCUUUAAACGCCACGCCGACCGCCUUCCGUAUCUGCGCCUGCUGCAGAGCAUCGUCAUGGAGGACCUCGAGGACAUUGUCGUGAACGCCGACCUCGCCGAGUGGCAGGAAGUGUUUGUCGUCCUGUGCACGUUUGCCAAGCCGGAAGACUUUAACACGCUCGCCGAGCGCCUCGGCCAGCGCCUCGAGGACCGCUACCUCGCGACACACGCCUCGAGCGAGGACCGCAGGAACGCCGUGCUCUGCUACCUCGCGGCCGGCCGCCUCGAGAAGGUGACCAGCAUGUGGAUCGACGAGAUGAUGGAGGAGGAGAGCGCCAUCCGCUCGCACGCCGUCGAGGGCCGCGACGACUCGCGCUACUCGGCGCACGCCGAGGCGCUCCAGACCUUUAUGGAGAAGGUUACCGUCUUCCAGCACGCUGUGCAGUACACCGACGAGGACCUCGCGCAGGCCCCGGCCGAGGGCGAGGAAAAGGAAUACAAGCUUGCGCCGCUGUACGACCGCGUGCUCGAGUACGUCGACGUGCUCGCCGAACAGGGCCUCGUCGACGUCGCGCAGCGCUUCAUUGCGCUCACGCCGCCCGACUAUGUCCCGGCGUCGGCCAUGGGCGCCGCGGCCUGGCAGCAGGACCGCCUCCUGCGUGCCGGCCAGGGCGAGUACGACUAUGGCGCGCAGACGUACGCGGCGCCGCAGCAGACGUACGGACAGUACGGCGGCUACUACCAGCCGAGCGCGCCGAGUGUCCCGAGCGUCCCGAGCGUCCCAAGCGUCCCAAGCGUCCCGAGCGCACCAGUGGCGCAGCCGCUUGCGCCCCCGCCAAUGGCCCAGCCGCUGGCUCCGCCGCCGAUGGCUCAGCCGCUCGCGCCCCCGCCGAUGGCAAGCGCGCCGCCGAGCGUGCCGACGGUGCCGAGUGUGCCGAGCGUGCCUGCCGUCCCGUCCGUCCCGUCGGUCGCCCCCGCGGCGCCGGAGCCGACGCCGUCGGCCUACGCGCCCCCGCCGCAGUCGUACGCUCCGCCGCCGCAGCCCGCCUACCAGCAGCCGCCGACGCAGCCCGCGUACGCGCCCCAGGCCCCGUCGGUGUACGCGCCGCCGGCGACUGCGCUCGAGACGAGCAACGCGUACGCGCAGCCGCAGCAGCCUCCCACGGCGCUUCCUCCGCCACCGAUUAAGCGCGACCAAGGCGGCUGGAACGAUGUGCCGGCCGCGUCUGCGCCGCCGCCCCGCGUCCCGAGCGCGGCCGGCUUCCAGGCGCCGGCCAUCACGUCGCCCUUCCCCAAUCAGUCGCCGGUCGCCCCGGCGCAGGGUCCGCCGCAGGCCCCGCCCCAAGGACCGCCCCAAGGCAUGGGCCACGGCGCACCCCCCCAGGGCCCGCCCCAAGGCAUGGGCCACGGUGCACCCCCGCAGGGCCCGCCCCGCAGCGCGGCGAUUCCUCCGCCGCCCCGCGCGGGCUCCGUGCCGCCCAACAUGCCGCCGCCGCCGUCGCCGCGCACGGGCCUUGGCCUCGGCCACCCCAACGCGCCGCGUAACGGCCCGUACGACCCUGCGCCUGGCCGCCAAGCCGGUGUGCUGCGUCCCCAGACGCCGAGCGCGCGCGGGCCCCCCAGCGUCCCCCCCCAGGGCGGUGCGCUGCGUCCCCAGCAUACCGGCCCGAGCCAGUACGGCCCCCGUGCGGCGAGUGGUCCCGGCAUGCCCCCGCCUGCGUCGCCGCGUCCUGGCGCGGUGCCCGGCACCCCCGCGCGUGGCCGCACGCCCGGUGUGCCCGCGACGCCGCGCUCUGCGACGCCCGGUGCGGGAUACGGCGCGCCGCCCACGCCGCAGGCCGCGCAAAAGCCCGGGUUCGUGCACCCCCGUGGCGAUCGUGCGCACAUCCCUGCGCCUCUGCGCCCCGUUGCUGAUGCGCUUACACGCGAGGUGCAGCGGCUGCACUCGAUCAAUGCGCAGCCGAAGCGCAUCCUCGACGAUGCCGAGCGCCGCGUCCAGCUCCUGCUCGACCUGCUGAACAAUGAGCUGGUCGACCCCAAGGCGGUGCCUGUCCUGCAGCAGCUCGCGCAGGCGAUCGAGGCACGCAACCAGCCCGGCGCGCUGCAGCUGCAUGUGCAGCUCGCGACAAUGGCGUCGGGCGACCUGGCGACGGCGCUCGUCGGCGUCAAGUUUAUCAUUGCGAAGCUCUCCACGUAG